UAAACUGUCAUUAACGGUCUGGUACGGAAUCGAGGGCCAGGGUUUAAUCUGCCCUAAAUACCUGAAAACCCAUCUCUUAUAUAAACCGCCUCUAGUCCAAUUCCUAAGACAGCUGCGAAUUCCUUUUCUCAAUCCAUUUCCAUACUUCAUCACUGCAUUUUUUGUUUUCUGGGCAGCAAUCAGAAUUUACUGUGAUCAAACUAUUGUUUUUGAUUUCACACACAGAAUUUGCCAAGCACUCUGCUGUUCUCUUGUUCAUCAGAAAUGGCAGAAAGUUCAGAAAUGCCUUCUGUUGGCGUGAAUGAUAAUGCAGUGAUGGAUAAGUCACCGGAAGUGUCGCAGGAAUUCGUUGCUCCUAAAGCCUUGGAAGAGAUGUUACCAGAAAAUCCCGCUUCCAAGCCCUCGGAAGAUGUAUCUAGCCAAACCGUGGAGACGUCUUCUCCCAAACCCUUGGAGACGCCUGCUUCCAAAUCACGGGAGGCUUCCCUUCCCAAACCAUCGGAACCUUCUAGUCCUGAAGCCUUAGGUGCUUCAAGGGAACAGGGUCCUUCCACUCCCUAUCGCCUCUUCAAUCGGCAGAGGACCAUUCAUGAAGUUCUUGGUGGAGGACAGGUUGCUGAUGUGAUUCUCUGGAGGAAAAAGGGUAUUUGUAUCGGUUUGCUUCUUGGUGGUGGCGCUACGUGGUACUUCUUGGAAAAAUCAGAAUAUAGUUUUAUUUCAGUUGUAUCAUCAGUGCUUCUUUUUGUCGUUGUUCUUUUGUUUGGCUGGGCAAAAACUGCUAGUAUUCUCCAAAGACCACUUCCUACUCUCCCUGAUUUAACACUAUCAGAAGAAAUGGUGACCAGAGGAGCUGCUAAACUGUGUGAACAAAUUAAUUGUGUCUUGGCAAUUGCACAUGAUUUUGCUGCUGGGAAAAAUAAAAAGCUUUUUGCGAAGGUGGCUUCCAUUCUCUUACUUUUAUCGGUUAUUGGAGGGAUGUGCAACUUUCUCACAAUUGUUUAUAUCUGUCUUAUUUUUUCUCUCAUCAUUCCUGCAUUGUACAACAAAUAUGAGGAUCAUGUAGAUAGCCAUGCAGAAAGAGCCCUCAAGGAAAUUACAAAGCAAACAGAAGUAGCGCAGCGACAUAUUUUAAAACACUACAAGAAUCUCGAUGAAAAAGUUAUAAGCAAGAUCCCCAGGGGGCUUUCUAAUCUUUCCAAAAUUUCGAAGGACAAGACCCUGUGAUUUGUCUCUAGGUCUCUAUCCAAGAAAAAUCCAUGUGAAUCAUUUGGCUGAUCAUCUUUUGUUUCUCUUUUACUUCUCUCCUAUAUAUAUGAAAAAAACAUAUAACAAGAAACAGAAUUUUAGGAACAGUGGUCAUUUUUGUGGAAUUGUAUCUUGCAGCUACCUAUAAAUUGUGAAAAGUAUUUUCAUUUUUAAAUUUC